GGCGGUGGCUGCGCCGCAUCCGACUGGUGGGUGCGGGACCUGGGUGGGCACCCGAGUCUGUCAUCCCUGCGGGGUCGGCGGGGUGCGGGCGGCAAUGCACCGCUGUCCCUUGCUCAAGGGCCGCGCCGGGCUCUUGUUCCCCGCCCCGCGGCCCCGCCCCUUGCCCCACCCCAGCCGGGAGACCUAACCCGGGCCGCAGCUCAGCGGCCGCAGCAACAUCACUCUCGCCGCCGCUGCUCCGCCCCAUCCCCUUCUGUUUUUCUCUCAUUCUCCGGUGGCGGCGGCGGGGAAGGCGGAGGAGAGGCAGAAGCAGUCAGCUGUGUCUGCAAUGAAUGAUCCCCCAGCUGAAGGGGAGGACUCCAGUCUGUGCACAGAAAACUGUGGAGAGCUGUGGAGGCCUGGACUGCAGCAGCCUCGGGGCCAACUCCCUGAAUCCCCACCCUGGGAGGCUGCAUGCGGAUUGAAGAGCGGUGUCUGGGGGCUGGGCCAGCCCGGCUGAUCCCGACCUAGGAGUAGGACAGGAGGACCUCUCAGGCUGUAGAGCGGCCCAUCUGGAAGGACAGAGCCACAAGAUGGCCAGUAAGACCAAGGCCAGCGAGGCCCUGAAGGUGGUGGCCCGGUGCCGCCCCCUCAGUAGAAAGGAGGAGGCUGCUGGUCAUGAGCAGAUUCUGACCAUGGACGUGAAAUUGGGCCAGGUGACUCUGCGAAACCCCCGCGCAGCACCCGGGGAACUGCCCAAGACCUUCACUUUUGAUGCUGUGUAUGAUGCUAGCUCCAAGCAGGCGGAUCUGUAUGAUGAAACGGUGAGACCCCUGAUAGACUCAGUGCUUCAGGGUUUCAAUGGCACCGUGUUUGCCUAUGGCCAGACCGGCACUGGCAAGACCUACACUAUGCAGGGGACCUGGGUGGAGCCAGAGCUCCGCGGGGUUAUCCCCAACGCCUUUGAGCACAUCUUCACCCACAUCUCCCGCUCCCAGAACCAGCAGUACCUGGUUCGUGCCUCCUACUUGGAGAUCUACCAAGAGGAGAUUCGAGACCUGCUAUCCAAGGAGCCAGGCAAGAGGCUAGAGUUGAAGGAGAAUCCUGAAACAGGGGUCUAUAUCAAGGAUCUCUCCUCAUUUGUCACCAAGAAUGUCAAGGAGAUUGAGCACGUGAUGAACCUGGGGAACCAGACCAGGGCAGUGGGCAGCACCCACAUGAAUGAGGUCAGCUCCCGGUCCCAUGCCAUCUUUGUCAUCACAGUGGAGUGCAGUGAGCGUGGCUCAGAUGGCCAGGACCAUAUCCGAGUAGGCAAGCUCAACCUGGUAGACCUGGCUGGCAGUGAGAGGCAGAACAAGGCAGGUCCCAACACAUCUGGAGGACCAGCCGCACAGCCCACAGCUGGUGGUGGCAGUGGAGGUGGCAGUGGUGGUGGUGGUGGCAGCAGUGGAGAGAGGCCUAAGGAAGCCUCUAAAAUCAAUCUCUCACUGUCUGCACUGGGCAAUGUGAUUGCUGCUCUAGCCGGCAACAGGAGCACCCACAUCCCCUACCGGGACUCCAAACUGACCCGGCUGCUCCAGGACUCGCUGGGGGGCAACGCCAAGACCAUCAUGGUGGCCACACUGGGUCCAGCUUCUCACAGCUACGACGAGAGCCUCUCCACCCUACGCUUUGCAAACCGAGCCAAGAACAUCAAGAACAAACCCCGGGUGAAUGAGGACCCCAAGGACACACUGCUGAGGGAAUUCCAGGAAGAGAUCGCCCGCUUGAAAGCCCAACUGGAGAAGAAGGGCAUGCUGGGCAAGCGGCCUCGGAGAAAGAGCAGCCGCAGAAAGAAGGCUGUCUCAGCCCCGGCUGGUUUCCCAGAGGGGCAGGUGAUCGAGGCCUGGGUGGCCGAAGAAGAAGAUGACAACAAUAACAAUCACCGCCCACCCCAGCCCAUUCUGGAGUCAGCUUUGGAGAAGAACAUGGAGAAUUACCUGCAGGAACAGAAGGAGCGGCUGGAGGAGGAGAAGGCCGCCAUCCAGGAUGACCGCAGCCUGGUGAGCGAGGAGAAACAGAAGCUUCUAGAAGAGAAGGAGAAGAUGCUGGAGGAUCUGCGGAGGGAGCAGCAGGCCACAGAGCUGCUCGCGGCCAAGUACAAGGCCAUGGAAAGCAAGCUGCUCAUUGGCGGGAGAAACAUCAUGGAUCACACCAAUGAGCAACAGAAGAUGCUAGAACUGAAGCGGCAGGAGAUUGCUGAACAGAAACGCCGCGAGCGGGAAAUGCAGCAGGAGAUGUUGCUCCGAGAUGAGGAGACCAUGGAGCUGCGUGGUACCUACUCGUCCCUGCAGCAGGAGGUGGAGGUCAAAACCAAGAAACUCAAGAAGCUCUAUGCCAAGCUGCAGGCGGUGAAGGCUGAGAUCCAGGACCAACACGAGGAGUAUAUCCGUGUGCGGCAGGACCUGGAGGAGGCGCAGAAUGAGCAGACCCGGGAACUCAAGCUCAAGUACCUCAUCAUUGAGAACUUCAUCCCACCUGAGGAGAAGAACAAGAUCAUGAACCGGCUCUUCCUGGACUGUGAGGAGGAGCAGUGGAAGUUCCAGCCCCUGGUGCCAGCUGGAGUGAAUAACAGUCAAAUGAAGAAGCGGCCAACUUCUGCAGUGGGCUACAAGAGACCUAUCAGCCAGUACGCUCGAGUUGCCAUGGCAAUGGGGUCCCAUCCCAGAUACAGGGCUGAAAAUAUUAUGUUUUUGGAAUUGGAUGUUUCCCCACCGGCUAUCUUUGAGAUGGAAUUUUCUCAUGACCAAGAACAAGAUCCACGGGUACUACACAUGGAGAGGCUCAUGAGGCUGGACAGCUUUCUGGAAAGACCUUCCACGUCUAAAGUGCGAAAGUCAAGAUCAUGGUGCCAGAGUCCUCAGCGGCCUCCACCCUCCACCGCUCAUGCCUCCAUGGCCUCUGCUCCUCUGCACCCCGCAACGGCGGUAGACCAUGAUUGACGGCCUUCAGUCAGGCUGCCCACCAUACAGACUCCUAGGACAGGGCAGCCAACCUUGGUUCAUCGCAUCUGAUGCUUGGUGCGCGUGUAUGUGUGUGUGUGGUAUGUACGCACGCAUGUGUGUGUAAGUGUGUGUGUGUACUCGUGUGUGUGAAGGGAUGAGAAGCUGGCAGGUGGUGCCUCUGCCUGUUUUCUGUGUCUCCUUUAUUUAAUUCGUGUUAUUUAUUCAUGGAGCUUGGUUAGUGAGGAGAGAUCCCCUUGCCUGAGCUGCCUGGGCCUGCCGCGGUCACUGCAUUGCCUCCUUUUCUUCUGGCUGGGUAGAUACCUCAGUCAGGCCCCAGAGCUCCUCAUGUCACCUGCCUCCAGAAGGGAAGACGGCUAGUGCCUGAGAAGACAAUGCUUCCUCUCCCCGUCCAUUCCACAGUCUCCAUCUUCUUGUCUGAUGGCGAGCAGCCCCGAUGCUUUCUGGGGCUGGGAAACUGCUGAUGUCCAUUGAGGGCAAGAGGUACCCUAAUAUCACUGGGCCUGUACUCCUGGCGGACUGAGCCUUGCCCUCCUCUUUCUGGGCCCCAGACUCCUCCCGCCUCCAGGGCUCUUUCCCAAGGACAUUCAGUAGCCUCCCUGAGACUCAUCCCAGGCUCUCCAGCCUUGGCAAGAACUCAUGGCUUCCCCAACUCCACUCCACUUCAUUGCCAGCCCUCUCCACCCUUGUACUGGGAAUUGUGAGCCAAGCAGUUGUUGCCCCGAUGAGACCUGCAGGAAACGGAACAGUGUGGAAACAACGCGGACUGUCAUCAAGGGAAGUCCCCUCUCAGGUCCCUUUGUUUCUCUCUACUCCAAGAAGUUUCUUUGGUGAACAAACCACCUGUCCUCAUGUGAGGUGUGGCUUCUUCCUGCUUUGAUCACUGUUCUCUGAAGCUGUCCGGUCUCAGUCCCCAGUGGAAAGAAUCAGUGUCAUUCUGCCCCUUUAAAUGCAGAUAGCAACAUCCCUCGCUUUUCUCCUUCAACUAGUACCAGAAGCUCACCCAGGCACAAUCUUUGCCAGAUUUACCUGUUACCCCUCUUUCUUAGUCACAUCUUGGGGGAACACUGUUUUGUUGAGAACCGAUCCAUUCUUUACUACUUGUGUGAAUUGGCCUUCCUCACCUUCCUUUGUGACAGCCCCAAAUGUCUCCAGGUAUUGCAAGUAAUAAGUAAAUUUCUAUUUUAAAAAGUUAA